AUGCCCAGCAACUUCGUCCUCGAACGGUACUUUCGGAAUCGCCCAUCGUGGUGGAUCGGCAUCAUCACUGUGACAUGGGGAGUAUUCAUGACGCUGCACGGAGUUGUCAACAACUAUGCCGGCAUCACCGCCGUUCGUUUGCUCAUGGGUGCCUUUGAAGCCGGACUUUUCCCGGGUGCCAUCCUUUUCAUGAACAAGUGGUACACAAAGUACGAACUGGCCACUCGUUUCUCGCUCUUCUAUGUGGGUUCCGCCUUGUCUGGUGCUUUCUCAGGCUUGCUCGCAUUUGCAUUUGCGAAGAUGAAUGGAAUCGCCGGCCUUGCUGGCUGGCGUUGGAUCUUCAUUAUCGAGGGGAUAAUCACAGUCUUGCUCGGCAUCUUGACCCCAAUCUUCCUCGCCGACACUCCUGAAAAAGCUACCAAAUGGCUCGACGAUGAGGAGCGGACAUAUCUGACAACGCGAAUGACGAUCCAGGACGGCGGUUCCAAGAUACAAAAGGCUGGAUCACAUUUCAGCUGGAGUCUUCUCUGGGAUAUAGUUCGAGAUUGGCAGUUCUACCUUAUGGCCUUCAACUAUUGGUCCAACACCAUCCCGACAUAUGGCAUGAAGUUCACGAUGCCACAGAUCAUGAAGAACAUGGGCUUCACAAACGAGAAUGCGCAACUCAUGACUAUCCCUCCCUAUGUUGCCGGUGCCAUUAGCGCUUACAUCUUUGGCCGCCUCUCUGACAAGUUUCGACGCCGCUCCUAUUUCCUCAUUAUCCCGCAGACCCUUCUCAUUAUCGCCUACUCGGUCCUCACGCCCCUCGCUCCUCGCAUCAGGAAUAACGUAGGCGCCUGCUAUUUUAGCGUCGUCUUGGCCAAUAUCGCCUUAUAUCCCAUCAAUCCGGGCUCAAGCUCCUGGAUCAGCAAUAACCUGACCGGCCCUGCUAAGCGAGCUCUAGGCAUAGCUUACAUGACCUCGCUCACCAAUCUCGGCGGCAUCGGAGCAUCCUACAUUUUUAUUGAAUCUGAGGGGCCGGCAUACCCAACGGGAUUCGGGGUCUCGCUGGCAUUCGGAAUCAUGGGCGUCAUCGCCUCGGUAUUGCUCGACUUGAUUUACAUGCGUAUCAAUAAGAAGCGGAGUAUGAUAUCAGAAACUGAGGUGCGCGAGCAAUACUCUGACGAGGAUCUUGCCGCGAUGGGGGAUCGAUCGCCGUUGUUCCGAUAUACUCUUUAA